UGCUUGGACUCUGGUCAGAUGAAUUUAUACAAAGAAGUGAUGUUGGAGAAUUUCAGCAACCUGGUUUCAGUGGGAAUGGUUUGAGUUGGAAUGGAAUGGAAGAGUUGGAAAUGGGCAGCUCCGAUGAGCUGAGGCUGAAGCUUCAUCUUCUCCAUCUUUCUCUGGUUUUUCCUGUAGUGGCAUCUCUUCCUUGAUCACCAAGGAACUGGAUCUGAUUUUUGGGACACCCACAGCAUAACUAUGUCCCAUGUCUUUUCUUGUGAGCAGGACUUUCCAAUUCUAAGCCAGCUGUGAUCUCCUUAUUGGAACAAGGAAAAGAGCCCUGGAUGGUUAACAGAGAACUGACCAGAGGCUUGUGUUCAGAUCUGGAAUCAAUGUGUGAUACCAAGAUAUUAUCUCUAAAGAAGAGACAUUUCAGUCAAGUAAUACUUACCCAUGAAGACAUGCCUACUUUUAGUCAGCCCACAUUUCUUACUCUACAUCAAAAAACUAUUAAUGAAGAGAAACCCUGUGAAUGUAAGAUAUGUGGAAAGACCUUUAAUCAGAACUCACAAUUUAUUCAACAUCAGAAAAUUCAUUCCGGUGAAAAGCCCUAUGAAUGUAAGGAGUGUGGGAAAUCCUUUAGUCGUGGCUCACUUGUUACUCGACAUCGAAGGAUUCACACUGGUGAAAAACCCUAUGAAUGCAAGGAAUGUGGUAAGGCUUUUAGUUGUAGUUCAUAUUUUUCUCAACAUCAGAGGAUUCACACUGGUGAGAAACCCUAUGAAUGUAAGGAAUGCGGAAAAGCCUUUAAUUAUUGCUCAAACCUUAAUGAUCAUCAGCGAAUUCACACUGGUGAAAAACCCUAUGAAUGUAAAGUAUGUGGAAAAGCCUUUACUAAAAGCUCACAACUUUUUCCACAUUUGAGAAUUCAUACUGGUGAAAAACCUUAUGAAUGUAAAGAAUGUGGAAAAGCCUUUACUCAACAUUCAAGGCUUAUUCAGCAUCAGAGAAUGCAUACUGGUGAGAAACCUUAUGCAUGUAAGGAAUGUGGGAAGGCCUUUAGUAGUGCCUCAACACUUACUAACCAUCACAGAAUUCAUGCUGGUGAGAAGCUCUAUGAAUGUAAAGAAUGUCAAAAGGCCUUUAUUCAGAGCUCAGAACUUAUUCAACAUCAGAGAAUCCAUACAGAUGAAAAACCGUAUGAAUGUAAUGAAUGUGGGAAGGCCUUUAAUAAAGGCUCAAACCUUACUAGACAUCAGAGAAUUCACACUGGUGAGAAACCCUAUAAUUGUAAGGAAUGUGGAAAGGCUUUUGGUAGUCGCUCAGACCUCAUUCGCCAUGAAGGAAUUCAUACUGCUUGAAAGGUAGAAAGUAAAAUCCUUUUGUUAACCUUUAUAAUACAUUUUUUUAACAGAUAAUGAAAUCAAAUCAGGUUAUGCAUUAUCAAAGUUUCUCCUGUGUAUUAAGGUUUUUUUAGGGCCAUCAUAACAAAGUACCAAGUACCAAAAACAUAGUGGCUUAAAACAACAGAAAUUUAUUCUCUCACAG